AAGACAAAGAGGGAAAAGAUUCGGGGUCCAGCAGGAUUCGUCGUCCUUUUAGGCGAAAGGAUGACAGAAACAUCCCGAAGGACAGAGCGAGAGGGAACGAAGAGAGUCGGUGGAAUCGUGGAUUGUAACAGAAGGGCACAGAGGGGCAAGGAGUACAUGGUGGGGGCAAGAAGCGCUCGACGUCUCAAAUUUGGUUGGUUGUCUCGAGUUAUCCUCCUCUCUCUCGAUCGCCUCUUUUUCUCGCCCUAUCUCCGUCCCUCGGCAACGAGGUGCACGGUGAAGGUAGGGAACCAUGGACGAAGGCGCUAGAUAGGAAAGGGAGAAAACAGCACGAGGGACGAAGAGGCAGACGCUAGCCGAAGGAGAAGGAAAGUCACACAUCGAAGGGAGAAAACGAACGAAAAUUGGUAGGUUAGACGAGGAGAGACGUUAUUGCUGUAAGCCUGUAGAAGGGAAGGGGUGGGAGAGACACAGGGUAGAGAGAGACGGAAGGACCGCUCGAGGAAAGAUUGAAGGGAGAAAGACCGAUCGGUGGACUAACAUUAAGAACGAUGAAGGAGGGAAAACGGCAGGAGAGGGAAGUAGCAGGUAGGAGAAAGCAGGAAAGAGAAAAGAGUAUUAGGUACGAAGAGACGACGAAGAGAGACGACCACGAGGAGAGAGACGGAGCGAGUAGACGUGGUUAGAAAGAGCUAACACGAGGGCAAGCAAGUGACGGUAUAGAGGGGGUGGCGGAGAAGGCUUGGAAGGUAGGGGGAGAGCAGUGCCUUGGCGCGAGCUCGAGGACUCGAAACUCCGGAAUUCCAACCGACAGAACAGUGCCGGCGGUCGUACGACGCGGGUCUCGAGAGUGUGUGAAUAGGAUAGAACGAGGGAGAGAGAGAAAGACAGAAAGAGAGAGCUAGAGCAAUCGUGGCUCAGGGGAGGGGCGAGGAGGAAGAGAGAGGGAGAGGGACACGAGGUUGAGGACGAUCGCUAGCUAUUUACAAUCGCGGUUCGUAGGAUAAACCGCUCGUCUCGCGCCCGCGUCGCAGUCUCGCGUUCUUUCCGGUGCCGAAUUCGAACGCACGAAAUCCUUGAUCCUCGAGAGAUCAUCCCGCAGGAGGGAGGAAUCAAGGAGUCGUUUGUUAAGGGUGGACAAUCUUUCGAUCGCGGACAGUGACGGAAUGGACACGAAAGUCAGUGAGAAAAGUGAACAGUGAUAAAUCGUGAUGACCAAAUGAUUCGAAGACGAAGAGUUCCGUUCACGAUCGUUGGACCGCGCGAAAUCGUUGGUUCGAGAGACGGGUAACGACAGUGACGAGAUCGAGCGAUCGAACCGAGAUGUAAAUCGCACGCGUAUCACCGUCGUUUUUACUUUUUUUUUCGUUAUUUUGUUUAAUUCGGUUGGUACGUGUUCGUUUCGCGACGUCCGCGGCCGAAGCUGAGCACCGAAGAUCCUUAAUUUUCGGCCACGGCGUCGGCGGACAUACUCUGCUGAAGGGAAGCCGGUUCCUGAGCCGUGUUUCGAGCCAACCAUCAGCCAUAUCAUUGUCGUCGUCGUCGGCAAACCGUCGAGGCGAGGGCGACGAUGCCGUGCACAGUGAUACGCUCGACGUCGCACCAGGUGGAGCGAUCGCGGUUGAUUUGGACUUUCGUACCUGGCGUACGUGCGAUCAUAUGAUAAAUGUAGAACACGCUGUACCCCGCUUUUUUUCUUUUUUCCUUUCUUUUCUUUUCGUUCGGCCUUCCCUUUUCAAAAAACCGUCCUUUCCCGCGAAAGUAUCCCCGGUAGCUCACGUGACUCUAGUUUCGCGCCUCUUUCGAGUCAUCGUCCAUGUGCUGUCCGCGAGGAAACCCGUAUCGGUGGUCGUCGACGGCUGAAAGGUGGGAGACGCGAGACGUCGCGACUUGAUGCGCGUGUUACGCAUCGUUCGAUCGCCCAACGCCCGUCACAAGUUCUGUGGUUCGUUUACGAAAUUCGGGACGAGUGAGACAGAAACGAGCACCGCGACGCCACGGGGACAAACUGUUAUUGAAAUUACGCGCGCGCACGAGCGCGUUGACGCGCGUGUGGUGUGUGCACGGCACCUCCGGUUUUGUGUAACGCGUGUGCCGGUCAUCUUUGUCCCUCGUGUUACGGACAGAGUGCAAUUACCGAGGGCAACAGAGGAACGACGAAGUGCACGCGGCUUUUUCUUCAGGGAAAGACGCGCGUCUAGUGAGGCAGAGACUAAGAGACAAUAUGAGUGAAAUGACGAGUGUGGAGCAGCAACAGCAACAGCAACAGUACGUAGGCGGCAGUUCAAAUCCGGAGCAUCAUUGCAAGGACUGCGGCCUCUAUUUCGAAAGCGAUAAAAGUCUCGAGGUGCACCUGCGAUACCACCAGGAGAACCUGCUAAGUCAGUGGGCGAGCCAGGCGCAGCAGGAGGAGAGUAACAACAACAACAGCAAGGCCGGCAAUCACAACAGUCACGUGGGCGUAAAACGCGAGAGCGUGACCGCGCCGGCGGACUCGAGUGAAUCUUCCUCGAGGCCGCCCUCUCAGGAUCCCACGUCUUCUCAACAACAACAGCAGCAGCAGCAGCAGCAGCAACAACAACAACAACAACAGCAGCAGCAGCAGCAGCAACAACAACAGCAGCAGCAGCAAUCGCAGCAACAACAAAGUGCUGGACAAAAUUACAAUCACUUCCAGACACCGAUGUUCGGCGAGGCUACUUUUUUCAUGCAGAACGAUCCGGCCUAUAUCUUGCCUCAUCACUACUCACCGCCGCGAGGAGACGCGCAAAACGAUGGUGGGAGUAGUGGUGGAGGUGGAGGUUAUUCGCGCUACCAUCCGUAUCAACAUCAACAACAUUUUCCACCGGAACGCACCAGUUCCGUUAGUUCCACUAGCCCGAGGAGUCCGCCAAUUCAGUGUGACAAGUGCGGUGCGGUUUAUGAGGACGCGAAUCAACUGGGCGAACAUGUACGAACGAAUCAUUCGAAUUCGCCGGGAGGCUAUCCUGGACAGCAACAGUACCAGCAGCUCGGUAGCAGUCCUCAGCAACAAAAUCAACAGCAGCUGCACGCGUCGCCGCCGCAGUCCGGUCAGCAACAACAGCAGCAAACUGGCUACGACUACAACGGUGGACAACCGACGAAAACGGAACUGAAGCAGGAACCAGAGGAACAGGCCGAAAUUCUCGAUCUGGACUCUCACAAAGUGCAAACGCACAGGUACGAGGAGGAACUGAUGAGGCUACAUCAACAGCAGCAGCAGGAGUUGCAGAUGCAGAUGCAUCAGCAGCAGGUAAUGCAGCAGCAUCAACAGCAGCAAAGGGCCGGAUCUCAUUCGGUGAGUUCUAUGCUGGGUUGGCCACCGGCCGCUCAACCUCAUGAUUAUCACCCUGGGUUAUCGCCUAUGGGUCCCAUGGACAGUGUGACACCGCUUUCGGAUCAGGGUCAGUUCAUGCGCGGGCAACAUAUGCCCGUGGAACCGCCGCGACAUCCAGGUUCUCCUAUUAUUACCAGCACGCAACCGAUGCCAGGUCAUCAGAUGCCCGGCGGUCUUCUUCAACAACCACCGAAACCUCCACCUUUGGCUAAUCAAUCGUGGAAAAGUAACGAAGCGCGCCGGCCAAAGACCUACAACUGCACCGCGUGCAACAAGUGGUUCACCAGCUCGGGACAUCUGAAAAGGCACUACAAUACGACGCUGCAUAAGAACGCGGUGAAACAAAGCAAUCAACCGGACCCUGCGAACUUGCCCAUCAGUGCACAUCAUCAUCCUGGUAGAGAUAGUCAUUCUGGUGGCAGAGGCGGUGGACCAUCCAGAUCGCCAGAGUUAUCUUCUUCCGGGAGUCCCCCAAACUUGAUGGCAGGUCCCUCGGGCGAGGCGGCGAGGGGCCUGCUCCACACGGCCAACAGUCUCUACAACAACAAUUCCAACAACAGCAACAGCAGCAGCAGCAGCGAGUCUUCAGCGGCUCUAACUCAGCAGCAGCAGCAGCAACAGGCGCCUUCGGGGGUACACUUGGGCUCCACAAUGGUACCGCCGCUCAAUUCUCCGGCGCAAUCGCCGCUGGCGGGUCACCAUCAGCAACAAAUGGGUUCGCCAUCCCCCCAGCUGGGCCAUCAGCAGCAGCAGCAGCAACAGCAGCAGCUUCAUCACCUGCCAAUGGGUUCGCCGUCGGGCCAACUUCCGGUCCACCAUCCCAUGAGUUCGCCCAUGUCACCCAUGCAUCCACCGCCGGCGCCCCACCUGAAUUCACCUUCUCCAAUGGGCUCGUCCCACCCACACCACAUGAGUUCGCCAUCUCCCAUAACGCCGGGCUCGGUCCACCCAGCAAUGGCUUCGCCCACGGCGAUGGGGGGUACUACGAUGCCUCAUCAGCCGUACCCAAACGCCUUGCCCCCCCACGUUACAACUACUACCAACAUCCCGGGCCUGCUGGAGUCUAUCACCAUCCAGCUAACUACUACUGGUAAUGAGAUGCCUUUAUCGCUAUCCGGCCAAUCUCAACACCAGCAGUCUCAACAUCAUCAUAAUCAACACCAGCAACAGCAGCAGCAACAUCAUCAGCAGCAGCAACAGCAGCAGACUCAGGAUGUUUUACCCGGUUUUGGGACCUUCAGCAAUCAUCAGAGGCCCUUACCAAGUUUCACUCAGUUCAAUGUGACCGGGUUUUUGAUAGGCCAAAAUCAACCGCAGGCCGUUAACGUGGGGGGGCUAAGUCCGGAGGAGAACGUAUCUCCUCACGAUAGAUCAUUCGAAUCUUCCGAUUCGAAGUACGAUCCGUACGGAAAUUCACCGCCUCGAUACGAGUCCCUUACGAACAUGGACGUGCACAUGCAUCCGAACACCGACGGGAUGAUCAUCAAACAGUACGAGAUACAGACGCACAAUCAUCCGUCGAACUCGAUUCAUCAAUCUCGCGACAAUCUCGAGGCCAAUAAUAAUCUGCCGCAAGUGAUUCAGGCGAAGGAGGAAAUGAAUCCGAACAUCGGCAGACACUAUCAAAAGCAUCAGAAAUCAAAAGUGAACUCUGUGAUCACGAAGGAACAUCAGGUGACCAGCACGAACACCGGCUCGCACUACAUUUCCCAGGACGGUUUCCACAAGUGCAUCGAGUGCGACAAGGUCUUCAACAAGGCCUGCUACCUGACGCAACACAACAAGAGCUUCCACUCCGGCGACAAGCCGUUCAAAUGCAAUCAGUGCGGUAAGAGGUUCCCCCUCGAGUACCUGCACGCGGAGCACCUGCAGAAGCACGCCGGUGACAAGCCGUACAAGUGCGAGAUAUGUCCGAAGCAGUUUAACCACAAAACUGACCUCAGGCGGCACAUGUGCCUCCACACUGGCGAAAAGCCGUACGCCUGUGAUAAUUGCGGCAAGGGAUUCAUCAGGAAGGACCACAUGAUGAAGCACCUCGAGACGCACAAAAAGAAAUCCAACAACCAUAACGUCCAUUUGCGGGCGUGAUUCGAAAGGAGGAGAGAGGUUCGCGGAGUCGAGGAGUAACCGGCGAUCGUCCCGAUCGAACAACAACAUGGCCGUUUAUCCGAUGAUCUUCGCCCUCGGUCUUCGUGAUUAUCAAUCGAAAGGUGAGAUCGUCGGUCGUCGGUACGUCACGACGGCCGGCUCGUAAAUAUCGCGGUGCGACUUCUCGAUCGAACCUCCUGCUUUAUCGAUCAGAGACACUGGGACUCUAGUGUAUAACCGUUCGAUCGUGAUCAAAUUUGUAAUUUAUUAUUCAUAGUUCUCGUUUAAGGCAGUCCGAACAAUCUCGUAUCAUCCGAAUCCCGCCCAGGUUCGAAAAGUUCUCCCAUCUCCGUCUGAUUCAACAAGAGAACGACAUCCUUUCGCGUACAACCGUUGUUCCCGACAAAAGUAUAGUCUCGCGGUUAAUGUUAUUUUUCAACGAUCGAAAUUAUUCUUUUUCUUCUUUUGCUCGGUACCGAACAGAGAGAACGUCUCGCGAAAUAACGACAACGGUGCUCGGAAGGAUCUUGGUUUUUUGCUCAACGGUUUAAUAUUUAUUGUUUAACGGCUUCAAGAUAUAACAGGUCUCUCGGGAAAAUUGCGCGUUCGAGGAUAACCGCGUUGGAAAUUAAAUCGCGACGAAAUUGAUGAAUUUUUCGCUAGAAAUCGGAACGAUGAUUCUCGCUCGAACGUCGCGAGUCGCGAUACACGGAGUCGAUCGUGAAAGAUCGACCAGAGAACUGUUCUUUUCAUUUUUUUCGUUCUCUAGUCGACUGCUCGACUCGAUGUACCGCGAACUUUUCGAGAUAAUCGAUCCGUCGGAUCGUUCGCGGACGGCACGAUUUUCCCGGGAAAGUCGAAGCGAUCGCGCACACUCGAACAAUAAUUAAUCCGAAAAAAAAGAAACGCGCAAUGGAUGAACUUCCGCUGCGACGUUGAACCUUCGAAGCUUAUCGAUUGUACAAAAUAUGUUAAAUGUAUAGGCGUAUAAUUAUUCUAAUUAUUAUUAUCACUGUAAUUAUCGAAUUCAAUUGAAUAUCGUCUAGAAAGUGAUUACGAAACCUAUUCAUAAUACUCGUAUUUUAUAGCGUACAUAGCAUACUUUAUCGAGGGAGAACGAAAGGAAAAAAAAUGAUAAAAAAACAUGGUUGAUAGGUAAUCGUGAAAAGACGCGAGACUCGAAUCACCGUAAAAAUAUGUUUCAUAGUCGUCGUUUAGUUUUCUUCGUUAUUAUUUCUCUGUUUUCGUGUCGGGGACGAUCGAGAGGCGAAUAAAAAAUUCAUCAUUUAUCGAUUUAGAAUAGACACAUAGAUUAGUUUGAUUUAACGACGAGCCUCUCGAAACGUACUCUUCGCAUUCCUCGUAAUUUUCGUACAUUCCAAACUUUUCAAAAUCAUCGACGCGUCUUUUCCAAACGUUUUAACGUAGCCUAAGCAUCCGGAUUGUACGUUGCUCGAAACGAAUUUUGCUCGUGCAGUUUCUCGUAAAAGUUCAUGCAUCUAUCGCGUUCAACGAAAUUCGAUUUACCUUGUAAGUUUCAACCUGACCGGCGAAUAACUUCCAGAACAUACACACUCGUUUGAUCGAUUAUUAAAUCGUUUCGAAAUUUCGUUGAGCGUUUGCUGCCUCUUAAUUGCGCGUCACCCGUCGCACACGAUCAAUUAAUGCUCGAUUAAUUGCUCGAAGCGCAGAACGAGCCAAUCACCGAGGAUAGAAUCGUGUCUCUCGUCUAUCGCGACACGAGCAAAUUUCCCUUCGUGCUACGCACAGCUCGUUAUACGUACACGUACAUCAACACAGACACACCGAAUAAACGUUGACCUCGCUUUAACGAAAUGUACACCGUUGUUUACACGUAAUUAUUUCUGUUGAUCGUUUAAUUGUUCGAUUUAUCGGCCUUAGGAGUUUGAUACUUGUUCGAAGGAUAUAUCAUCGGUCAAAAGUAUGAGACCACCUGUGGAUAAAGUGAAAUUCUUUUUAUAUCUCAUAUUUUUCAUUUGAUACAUUUCAAAAUAAUUCGUAUAAAUGGUUUAGUGUAACUCGUAAUUUCAUUUGUUAACUUUUCACUGAAAAUACUAGUUCAAUGAAUUCAAUACAUGAAUUAAUUAGAUGUUUAUAUAAUUUGAAAUAAUAGAAGUAGAAAUAAAAUGCAUUUUAAAAGAAAUUUUUAAUAUUUCGCGAAGUUUUGAUCAAUAAAUUAUUUUGAACGGUGUUUUACAAUUUUCCAAACGUCGCAGCUUCUCGACGUAUACUGUUUACAAUUUCCUAUUCAAAUAUUUAUGUAAUCGAGAAAUUAUUAAAUUAUCUUAUAGGAUUCACAUUAAAUGAUUUGGAGCACUUUCCGAAUAAUCGAUUUUAUUUAGUAACAGAAAUUUUCUAUUUUCGCAAUAAAGUGACAGGUAAAGCAGUCAGAUAAGUAUCAAUAAACAGAUCAAAAACUGAAUAAAAAUCUUCCAUUACUAUUUCAAAAUUUUCCAUUUUGCAUAUUAAGCAAUUUCUUUCAAAAUAAUAUCACUAUAACUUUCAUCUUAUAAUAUAAUUUAUAAACACAGUAUUAUUAAAAGAGUUUCGUGCAAGGAAACAGAGUGCUCCAGAUUAGUGUACGUCAACAAAAGGGUUGUCUUUUGAACGAGAUGGUCUACUUUUGAUCGACAGUGUAUCUCCAACAAUUAGUUCCGAGUUACUUUGUUCCUGUUCGAUUGUUGUUGUUGUAAAACCGAUGUCCUUAAGUAACGUUAAUCGAAUUGUUCGCUCGUUGUAAUAGACAAAUCGUGAUUGUUUUCGUCGGUUAUUAUUAAUCUCUUUUUUGUUUUUUCGAAGCUCCAUUUCUGUUACGCUGGAUCGUUUGUUUUACAUUAGAGACGAGGUCCCGUCUUGCGUUCCGCUGCUCAAAAUAAUCGUUUGACACAAAAUCGAUACAUCGCAUUAAACAGUGAAAAUGCUCGAUGAAAGUGCUACCAAAUGUAUCUCGGUAACAUAUGUACAUUAAUUCUGCAUGUCAUCUUUCGUUCUUUUUCGAUCACUCGCGAUUUAUCAUCGAUUAUUUCGAGCAGUGCACCAUAAUCAUUGUUUGUACAUACGAAUCAUAUUUACACGUACACAUACACACACGCACAUUGACGUCCUUCCUCGAGUUUCGUAUCUUUUUUCUGUUUUUAAUUAUUUCGUAUUUAAAACUAGAGAAAGAUGAAAAGAUUGAAAGCGAGAAGAAAAAAAAAGACGAUAAAUUAUAUAGCACUCUUACCAUUUUUACUACGUAAUAUGAACAGCCAGAACAGACUACCUCAGAGUUCAGGAAUUUAACGAUGAAUGAAAGGAAGAAAGAAAAGAUGAAAGAGCCAAUGCAAUAAUAGUAAUGUUAUUAAAGAGGAAAGAGUAGGUGAGCGCGCAUCCGUGCGGGCGGAACGACGUACUUCAUAUUUUUUUUAUGCUCACCCUUGUUAUUUAAUAAUUCUCUUAGAUCCGAAUUUCGAUCAUGAAUUCAUUUCGAAAUGAUCUCUGAAAACUUCAAAGCAACUUCAUUCAUUCUUGAUAGCUAUCACACAUUCCUAACCUCAAUUCUUUAUACUAGCAUUUAUUUUGUAAUAUAAAAACUCGAACACAAUUUUUUCCAUAAUUUUUGUCCAUAUAGAAAUUUAAAGGAACAU